AUGGCGUCGUCCGCCGUGCCCCGCCACGCCGCAGGCGCGCGGACGUUGUCAGGGAGCGUCAAGAUCGCGGCGCUAGCGCUGGGCGCAGCAGGCGCCGCAAUAAACGGCGGAAUUUCCGCCGUCGUUGGCGCUGGUUGCCGCGCGGGGGGAUCGGCGGAACCGGGGGCGUCGGAAAGGGGGGGAGGAGCCGGGGGGCAGGCGUCGAGCCCCAAAGGCGCCUUCCGCGGCGCUGGCAGUCCGCGCGCGUCUGGCGGACUGUUUCCCCGACAUGCGGCAGUGAACUACCUGUGCCUCAUGCUGCCCUUCCUCGCCCUCUCCACUCUCCAGGUGCGCCCUCCCACUCUCCAGCUGUACCUGAUGUGGUUACCGGAGCUGGGGCCCAUGCGGUUACCACAGGACGACUUUGUGGGCAGCAAAUCGACCAAGCGCAGGGCCCACCAGUUCAACUACCGAACACUGUUGGCCCACACUGCCAGUGACGUCCUCUCAUUGCACAAGUUGUUGGAGCAGAGCAGGAAAGAGCUGAAGGGGCAGGUGGCAGAGAAUUUGGAGAAGAUGGGGUUGGAGAUGCUGCAGACGAAGCAGGACAGCGCACGGGCAGCUGCUGAUGUGGCGGACUGGUGGCAGCACGAGCAGGGCAGGCUGAAAGCCAUGAGCCAGGACGUCGGGCAGCUGAAAGAGAUUGUCGGGCAGCACGCAAGGAAGCUGGAGGCGCAAGUGCGAGCGGUGCAGCAUCUUCUGACUUGUUUCCUUCCUUCCCUUGCAAGAACCCAGGAAGCUUCUGGAAACAACGAGGAGCAGCAGGGGGGUGGCAGAAAUGGGCUUUCUACAAGUGAGGAGGGGGAUAAAGGGGGCGACGAGGAUGGAGAGGUGGCACGACCAGAGCAGUGGCAGAAGGGGCGGCAUGAGGCGUUGAUGCACUUCUGGGUGGCGGACGAUCAGCCCUCACAGUGGAAGCAACGGUCCUUCCAGCGCCACGGGUCGUUCAGCUUCAUCAAGUUCAGCGCCUACCGAGUGAAUGCGUCCACGGUGGCAGUGCUAGGGCUAGCAUCUCUCCCCAUGCACCACGGCCGCCGCUUCUCCUCCUGCCGCUGGCACGCUGAUGCUGUUGCUUCUCCUCUCCUGCGUCCUUCCCUGCUGGGGCUGGCGUCUCUCCCCAUGCACCACGGCCAUCGCUUCUCCUCCUGCCGCUGGCAUGCUUCCGCCCCGGCUACUGCUGACAAUGGGGGAGUUGGCACUGCUGGUGGGGGCAUGACUGAAGGCAAGCUGGUGCCGCUUUAUGUGGAGGAGCAUCACGACUACCUGACCGGACCUCGACUAACGACCUCUCCACCUCCCUCCCCCCAGCAGUACGAGGCAGUGGUGCUGCUGUGUGUGCUGGAUGCGCCUUCAGCAUCGUCAGGAGGAGUGUUGGAGGCAGAGGUCGAUGGGGAGGUGCUCUUCCCCUUUGUGGAGCAGCCGGGGCAGUUCUCUUCCCUUCCCUUUCUGCCCUUCCCUUUCUUCCCUUCCCUUUCUUCCCUUCCCUUUCUUCCCUUGCCUUUCUUCCCUUGCCUUUCUUCCCUUCCCUUUCUUCCCUUCCCUUUCUCUCCUUCCCUUUCUCUCCUUCCCUUUCUCUCCUUCCCUUUCUUCCCUUCCCUUUCUUCCCUUCCCUUUCUUCCCUUCCCUUUCUUCCCUUCCCUUUCUCUCCUUCCCUUUCUCUCCUUCCCUUUCUCUCCUUCCCUUUCUCUCCUUCCCUUUCUCUCCUUCCCUUUCUUCCCUUCCCUUUCUUCCCUUGCCUUUCUUCCCUUCCCUUUCUUCCCUUCCCUUUCUCUCCUUCCCUUUCUCUCCUUCCCUUUCUUCCCUUUCCUUUCUUCCCUUCCCUUUCUCUCCUUCCCUUUCUCUCCUUCCCUUUCUCUCCUUCCCUUUCUCUCCUUCCCUUUCUUCCUUUCCCUUUCUUCCCUUCCCUUUCUUCCCUUGCCUUUCUUCCCUUCCCUUUCUUCCCUUCCCUUUCUCUCCUUCCCUUUCUCUCCUUCCCUUUCUCUCCUUCCCUUUCUCUCCUUCCCUUUCUUCCCUUCCCUUUCUUCCCUUCCCUUUCUUCCCUUCCCUUUCUCUCCUUCCCUUUCUUCCCUUUCCUUUCUUCCCUUCCCUUUCUUCCCUUCCCUUUCUUCCCUUCCCUUUCUUCCCUUCCCUUUCUCUCCUUCCCUUUCUCUCCUUCCCUUUCUCUCCUUCCCUUUCUCUCCUUCCCUUUCUCUCCUUCCCUUUCUCUCCUUCCCUUUCUUCCCUUCCCUUUCUUCCCUUCCCUUUCUUCCCUUCCCUUUCUCUCCUUCCCUUUCGCUCCUUCCCUUUCUCUCCUUCCCUUUCUCUCCUUCCCUUUCUUCCCUUCCCUUUCUUCCCUUCCCUUUCUCUCCUUCCCUUUCUCUCCUUCCCUUUCUUCCCUUCCCUUUCUUCCCUUCCCUUUCUUCCCUUCCCUUUCUCUCCUUCCCUUUCUCUCUUUCCCUUUCUCUCCUUCCCUUUCUCUCCUUCCCUUUCUUCCCUUCCCUUUCUUCCCUUCCCUUUCUUCCCUUGCCUUUCUUCCCUUCCCUUUCUUCCCUUCCCUUUCUCUCCUUCCCUUUCUCUCCUUCCCUUUCUCUCCUUCCCUUUCUCUCCUUCCCAUUCUUCCCUUCCCUUUCUUCCCUUCCCUUUCUCUCCUUCCCUUUCUCUCCUUCCCUUUCUCUCCUUCCCUUUCUCUCCUUCCCUUUCUUCCCUUCCCUUUCUUCCCUUCCCUUUCUCUCCUUCCCUUUCUCUCCUUCCCUUUCUCUCCUUCCCUUUCUCUCCUUCCCUUUCUCUCCUUCCCUUUCUCUCCUUCCCUUUCUUCCCUUCCCUUUCUUCCCUUCCCCUUCUUCCCUUGCCUUUCUUCCCUUCCCUUUCUUCCCUUCCCUUUCUCUCCUUCCCUUUCUCUCCUUCCCUUUCUCUCCUUCCCUUUCUCUCCUUCCCUUUCUUCCCUACCCUUUCUUCCCUUCCCUUUCUCUCCUUCCCUUUCUUCCCUUCUCUUUCUUCCCUUGCCUUUCUUCCCUUGCCUUUCUCUCCUUCCCUUUCUCUCCUUCCCUUUCUGUCCUUCCUUUUCUCUCCUUGCCUUUCUUCCCUUGCCUUUCUUCCCUUCCCUUUCUCUCCUUCCCUUUCUCUCCUUCCCUUUCUUCCCUUCCCUUUCUUCCCUUCCCUUUCUCUCCUUCCCUUUCUCUCCUUCCCUUUCUUCCCUUCCCUUUCUUCCCUUCCCUUUCUCUCCUUCCCUUUCUCUUCUUCCCUUUCUCUCCUUCCCUUUCUCUCCUUCCCUUUCUUCCCUUCCCUUUCUUCCCUUCCCUUUCUUCCCUUCCCUUUCUUCCCUUCCCUUUCUUCCCUUCCCUUUCUCUCCUUCCCUUUCUCUCCUUCCCUUUCACUCCUUCCCUUUCUCUCCUUCCCUUUCUUCCCUUCCCUUUCUUCCCUUCCCUUUCUUCCCUUCCCUUUCUCUCCUUCCCUUUCUCUCCUUCCCUUUCUCCUUCCCUUUCUCUCCUUCCCUUUCUUCCCUUCCCUUUCUUCCCUUCCCUUUCUUUCCUUGCCUUUCUUCCCUUCCCUUUCUUCCCUUCCCUUUCUCUCCUUCCCUUUCUCUCCUUCCCUUUCUCUCCUUCCCUUUCUCUCCUUCCCUUUCUUCCCUUCCCUUUCUUCCCUUCCCUUUCUCUCCUUCCCUUUCUCUCCUUCCCUUUCUCUCCUUCCCUUUCUCUCCUUCCCUUUCUUCCCUUCCCUUUCUUCCCUUCCCUUUCUUCCCUUCCCUUUCUUCCCUUGCCUUUCUUCCCUUCCCUUUCUCUCCUUCCCUUUCUCUCCUUCCCUUUCUCUCCUUCCCUUUCUCUCCCUCCCAUUCUUCCCUUCCCUUUCUUCCCUUCCCUUUCUCUCCUUCCCUUUCUCUCCUUCCCUUUCUCUCCUUCCCUUUCUUCCCUUGCCUUUCUUCCCUUCCCUUUCUUCCCUUCCCUUUCUAUCCUUCCCUUUCUCUCGUUCCCUUUCUCUCCUUCCCUUUCUCUCCUUCCCUUUCUUCCCUUCCCUUUCUUCCCUUCCCUUUCUCUCCUUCCCUUUCUUCCCUUCCCUUUCUUCCGUUCCCUUUCUCUCCUUCCCUUCUCUACAGUCCGCCCAUGUUCCGCGCCAUCAGCCGCAGGGCGCUCACCGAGUGGCUGCACCUCCACCCUCUCUAUCCCUAGCACUCCCCCGUGUUUCCCCACUGCCAUUCCCGUGCUUCAUGCUCCCCCCCCCCUCGCCACAGCCAAUGGGAGACCCUCUAACCUUCCCUGCCAACAUCCUUCUCUGGGGGCCACCCAUGUUCCGAGCCAUCAGAGCCAGGGCGCUCACCAAAUGGCUGCACUUGCACCGCCUGCUGCUGCUCCCCCACCGCCUCUGCCCCUGGCUCACCUAGUGCCCGCGCUUCCACUGCCUCUCCCCCAUGUUCCCCCACCUGUUCCGUCUUCCUUCCCCCAUUCCACAGCCCAUGGAAGACCCCUCAACCUUCCCCAACAAUAUCUUCCUGUGCAGUCCGCCCAUGUUCGGUGCCAUCAGCCCGCGGGCGCUCACCGAGUGGCUGUGCUUCCACGCUCUCUCCCUUUCCCAUGUGCCCUCUCACAGCCCAUGGAGGACCCAUCAACCUUCCCCAACAAUAUCGUCCUGUGCGGGCCGCCCAUGUUCGGCGCUAUCAGCCCGCGGGCGCUCACCGAGUGGCUGCACUUCCACCGCCUGCUGCUGCCGGUGGACCGUUUUGUCCUGUAUGACGCGGGCGGCGUGGUGGACCAUGCUGACGUCAGCAGCGCAGUGCAGCCGUGGGUGCGGGCGGGGGUGGUGGAGGUGGUGGGGUUUGAGGAGUCAACGCAGUAUGACGUGUGGUCCUACGCUCAGGCUCUAUCAACGCACGACUGCCUGUACGGGAAUCGUCACGGGGCGCGGUGGCUGCUCUUUGCUGACCUGGACGAGUUUGUCGAGGUGCUGCCGCCUGCCACGCUCCAGCAGCUGCUACAGGACAACGCCGGCCGCCCGUGGAUCACGUUUGGGUGCACGGUGUUCAACAGCUCGUUCUGCCGCCCGCAGGAGCCGUGGAACGGCGGCGCCACUAGGAGAAGAAGGAGGAUGUUGCUACAGGGGGAGGGGCAACAGGGAGAGGGGCAACAGGGGGAGGGGGAACAAGAACGUGGGCUUUUGAGGCGCUUCAGAAGGCACCCAGAGGAGCCGUGGAAUGGCGGCACGACAAGGCGAAGAAUGAAGAGGAUGUUGCUACAAGGGGAGGGGCAACAGGGAGAGAGGGAACAACAAGGCGGGCUUUUGAGGCGCUUCAAAAGUCACCCAGAGGAGGGGAAGGGGGAGGUGGAGGAGAAUGGCGGCACGGCAAGGAGAAGAAUGAAGAGGAGGUUGCUGCAGGGGGAGGGGGAACAGGGAGGGGAAGGGGGAGGUGGAGGAGGAGGGGGGGAUUGGGGCUCUGGUGGUGACGUGGCUCCAUCAAGGCCGUUCAUAGUGGAGGGGGUGCGGUCCCAGUGGCCGCACGCCUACUGCAUGAACACAUCCCUCUACCCGGACCACCUGUGCCUCGACCAGUUCGGCCACCGCAAGUACAUCCUCAACCCGCGCCGCGUCUCCCUCGCUCAGUCCAUCACAGGCCAAGUUCAUUUCCCACCCCUACUCCCGCUCGCCCCAUGCCCCCCUCGUCCCAUGCCCUCCUCGCCCCAUGCCCCCCUCGUCCCCCCGUCUGCCGCGCCUCCCUCUCACAGAUCCAUACGUCUCAAAAGUCAACUUUUAUCACCUCGCCCGACAUGCUCCCCUCGCCCCCCUGUCUGCCGCGCCUCCCUCGCACAGAUCCACGUGAUCAUCGGCGGCGAUAUGGACGGCCUGGAUCUGCCGACGGACGUGGCGAGAUUCGCGCACUACAGGGGGCUGACAACACGCGGGUACCCCAUGUGCGACCUGGGUGCUCCCAGCCGCUGGUGGCGCUACCACGAUGGGGUGGCACGCAUGGCCCAGGCUGCCCGCUCCUGCCCUGCUCUUGUCACAGCCGUUCCUGAGCGCUGCACAGCGCAGGCUCUUGCGAGCAGCAUUGCAUGA